GUUUAGUUUGUAGUUAACUACCAAAUUCUUCGUUUUCUCUAUUUUAGAUAGCCAGCUAGCUGGUCAUGUAGCUAACAAGGCUGCUAAUUUGCGAUUAAGUUUUAAUCAAACAUGAGUUGUCUUGACAGGCAGCUAACUAACGUCGGCUAACUGGCAAGAUGUUAUGCUGUAUCUAGGGAACACUUGCUAGCUAGCUAGCUGUUUAUUAACCAUACAACUAGUUAGCUGUAUUGCAAUGUUUCAGUGCAAAUCUGGUGUUGGGCUGUGUCCUUUAUGAAUAUUUAAUGAGGCCGAAUUCGCUGGCUGAUAGAUAUGUAGGUAGGUAAUCAUCUAUUCUGCUAGACUGCAAUGUGCCUUGUGAAUACAGCUAACGAAAUUGCUUUGAAGAUAGUCUCGCUAGGGACUUUAAAUACAUAACCAUUUGAAACCAGUUGUCGCAUUGCACAGUGCAAUUGGUGACCCUUGCAAACAACGUAAGUAGCGGUUUUUUUAUUAGCAGAAUGAGUGAUCACUAUGUCAAAGUUAAGGUUCAGUUGGAGCAGAUGAAAUCGGAACAGGAAGGAACUGAAAGGGAGGCAGCUGCAGAAGAGGAGGCACUGCUAACACCCUCGCCUGGAUCUGUCUCUCCGGUUGCUGCUGCUAACAUUACUGCUGGAGGGCGGAGAGAUGCUGUCAGGUCCUCUGCUGCCGGCAGUAGACACAGGAGUAAAAGUAGGGGAAAAAAUGGAGCUCUUGAUAGGAAUGCAUGUAGCACGGGCAUCACACAGGACACCAAUCCAGUUCAAGGGCCGAUCGAAACCACUGCGGGUAAAAUGACCAAUCGUAACAGUAGCGAGCAAAUGCUUCAGAUCAAAGGAACCGGCAAAGUGCUUCAAGGGAAAAAUGAAACCAAUGGUACAACGGUGUCCAACCACCGAUCGAAAGACCAGCACACCAAAGACGAUGGAAACAAACUUGUUAAGAGGAGGAAACCAGUGACCGUGGAUACGUCCAAAGCAAAGACAUCGCUUGAGGCUCUAAAAGUCAGCAUUAAACAACUCAAGUGGAAAGAGUUUCCCCUAGGUCGACGUGUGGCCUGUGAUAUAUACUGGCAUGGGGUGUCUUUUCAUGACAAUGAGAACAUCGUAUCCGGCCAGGUGAACAAGUUCCCAGGGAUGAUCGAGAUGUUGCGGAAGAUCAACCUAAGCCGAGCUGUGCGGACCAUGCAGGAGCUCUUCCCAGAUGAGUACAACUUCUACCCCCGCUCCUGGAUCCUUCCUGAGGAGUUCCAGCUCUUUUCCACACAGAUCCGUCUGGCAAAAGACAGCGACUCCUCCCUGAAGCCCACAUUCAUCGUGAAGCCAGACGGGGGCUCCCAGGGAGACGGGAUCUACCUGAUCCGCGACCCCAGCGACCUGCGGGCGAUGGCAGGGGCCCACAGCAAGCAUGCUGUGGUGCAGGAGUACAUCCAGAAGCCGCUGCUUAUCGACAAGCUGAAGUUCGACAUUCGCCUCUAUGUGCUGAUCCGCUCCCUGGAGCCGCUGGAGAUCUACAUUGCCAAGGAGGGCCUGUCACGUUUCUGCACUGAGCCGUACCAGGAGCCCAGCCAGAAGAACCUCAACCAGGUCUUUAUGCACCUCACCAACUACUCGCUCAACGUACACAGCGGCAACUUCGUCCACUCCGACAGCACCAACACCGGCAGCAAGCGCACCUUCUCCAGCAUCCUCUACCGCCUGGCGUCCAAGGGCGUUGACAUCAAGAAGGUGUGGUCCGAUAUCAUCUCCCUGGUUAUCAAGACCGUCAUUGCGCUGGUGCCGGAGCUCAAGGUGUACUACCAGGCUGACAUUCCGCCGGGCAAGCCAGGCCCCACCUGCUUUCAGAUUUUGGGGUUUGACAUUCUGCUGAUGAAGAACCUGAAACCAGUCUUACUGGAGGUCAACGCCAACCCCAGCAUGAGGAUUGAACAUGAGCAAGAAGUCUCUCCAGGGGUGUUUGAGUAUGUUCCCAGUCCUGUGGAUGAGGAGGUGAAAGUGGGAGUCAUCCGGGACACACUGCGACUCGUGGACCCUGGCCAGAGAAGGCCCUCCCACCCCAUGUCGCUCCCGCUUGGCAACAGCUCUGAGCUGCAGGAGGAUAUCCUGGAGGCAGGGUCCCCGGACAAGGCAGAGCCUGGGGACGGGGUCCUUGUGGAGAACAGCCUGCCCUCACUGUGCCUGAAGCAGGUCUUCCCCAAAUACACCAAGCAGUUCAACUACCUGCGCACUGUGGAGCGCAUCGCUGCCCUCUUCAUACGCUUCCUGGGGGUGAAGGGGACGAUGCGGAUGGGGCCCACGGGGUUCCGCACCUUCAUCAGGAACUGUAAGCUGAGUGGCAGCAGUCUGUCCAUGGCGUCUGUGGAUAUCCUCUACAUCGACAUCACACGACGCUGGGCUGGCAUGGUGUCCGACUCCAGGGAAGCAGGCAUGGGCCUGCAGGCCUUCGUGGAGGCCUUCUUCUACUUGGCCCAGCGUCGCUUCAAGGGGCUGCCGCUGCGGGAACAGGUGGUGUCCCUGCUGGGGGUGUGUGAGGCGCAGUUGGAAGGGGUGGAGGAGAAGCGCUCCCUCUGCACUAAGACCCCAGCCGAGAAGAGGACGGUGCAGGGGACCGCCCACCCACUGGCUCUACCCACCCUGCCCCAGCUCAGCUCCCCGGCAAUCGUCCAUAAACUGCCCAACUACCGACUCCACCAGACGCUGAGGCCCACCCUGAAGGGGAAUGUGGAGAACUGAGAGCGGCCUGUGGGCAGGCCACUCUGGGUACAGAAAGGACCGGGAGUUCCUUAAGCAUACCAUCACCACGGCCCCAGCCAGAGAGGCCGAACCUCCAUCCACCUACUGCACAACCCUUCAGCAAAUCAAUUGCUGGCUUGAUUACUUUUCCUGGCAAGGUGAUGGGGAAGUGCCCCCCUACCCCUCCACCAAGGAGAAGUGAGAAGUUGGCCCCAUCAUCCAGGAAUGUGGGCGCUGGGAAGCUCUCUGUUUUCUUAUCUCCUCCCCAAUCUUAUCUGCACCGGCAGUCCAGGGCUGUGUGGAUGGGAAGACAUAUGUUUUUUUGAAUUCAUAUUUUAGAUUCAAUUAUUGAUUUUUUUUAACUUACAGGGUGGUUAUCUUCCCAUUGCAAUUGCACGGCAUCUUUCUUCAGGGAACUCUUGGAAGCUUUAAUUACACGGCUGACCAACUCUGCGGUCAGCUCGGCUCAGAUGCCACAGACACGAAGGUGGGUUUGGGGGUGGGGGGAGUCAGAAUCCAGUUCGCAUGGAUGAGCUUGUAGUUUUCACAACGGCAUCGAGUAAAUAACCUCUGAUCAGGUCCCUGGGCACAGAGCCACUUCCCGCUGCAAGGGACGCUACUGCAGUUAUCAUGGAAGUCAUGUUUUUCUGCUGUUUGACGAAGAGCUCAAGGAGA